AUGGACCCCUUUGAUGAGGUUUCGCUGGCUUCAGAUGAUAUGGACCUCUACAAUGAGGACACGGAGGAGGGCCGCCGGUCUGAUCACGCCAGUGCUGGCCUUGACCUCGAUGACCUUCGCGAUGGUGCCCGGGACAGUGGGUGCGUCCAGCUUUCUGCUGGGACCGCGGCCUUGGACUACGUCAAUGACACUGAGGACGCUGCUCUGUGGCGCCGGCUGGCCGCCCUGCAGUCCCCGGUGCAUGGGUAUCUGCAAGAUGUUUUUGAGGAUAGCACCCUCCCUCCCCUUCGGGAUGCUGCCGUCCGAGGUUCCACGGAGGCGCCGACUUCUUCGCCUCGAACUCCCACGCGAUUGGAGAGCCGUUUGGAGUCCCUUCGGAGUGAGCUGCGCGACCUGCGCGUCUGUUUCCUCGAUCGCGAGGCUCGAUGGCGGUCACGCUUCAGUGACCUUGCGUACUCCAUCGAUGGUCUUCGGCGUGAACAAGACCGUCUCCGUGCACAGCUGAGGAAUGGCAGCUCCUAA